CUCGUGGGAUUUUCUCCCUCUACUCUAAAACAGGGAGCUGCCUUGCUCUCAUCCAUGGCUUCGUCUAAGUUCACGUACACAAAAAAGCGUAUGUUCAUAGUCGAGUAACAGAUCGGACACAGCUCUCGAGUGCGGCGCGAUGCCUGUUUAAUAUCCCCUACAUCACCCUCUGUCCACCACGCAUCCUGCAUGAUCAUUGACUGACGUACGCAAUUCAUCAUGGAUGUCGAGAACAACCAUCACGAUACCAGCUCCGGUGCUGCUGCCAAAGAGGAUGCCCAUGUAUCUUCCGACGACCAGAGCUUCACCUCUGGAUCCGACAUCCACGCCCAGGGCGUGGAGCGCAUCUCCGCCAUCUCUGCAGCCUUCACUCCGUCGCUAAAGGUCUUUCUCUUUCUCGGGAUCUUCCUGGUCGCGUACGCCUACGGCCUCGACGCUACUCUGCGGGGUACCUAUCAGACCUUCGCAACCAACAGCUAUAGCCAUCAUUCCCUGCUGGGGACUAUGAACACUGUCCGCGCCAUCCUCGCUGCCGCCAUACAGCCCGCCUACGCCCGCGUCGCCGACAAGUUCGGCCGCGUCGAGCUCCUGUCCUUCGCCGUCGUCUUCUAUACCGUCGGCACCAUAACCUGCUCCGCAUCCAACGAUGUCAACGCCUUCACCGCCGGCCAGCUGCUCUGGCAGAUUGGAUACAGCGGCCUCAUGCUCCUGAUCGAGGUCUUGAUCGCCGACGUCACGUCCCUGGAGAACCGUGUGCUCUUGUCCUUCGUCCCGGCUCUUCCCUUCCUCAUCAAUACCUGGGUCUCCGGCGACAUCGCCCAGGCCGUCAUGGGUAGUGCUGGCUGGCGCUGGGGCAUCGCCAUGUGGUGUAUAAUCCUACCCGUGUGCGCCGUCGCGCUCUUCGCCCCUGUCAUGUUGGCUAAGCACAGGGCCGCCAAGCAGGGCAAGCUCCCGCCGCGCCGGCUGACCAAAGACGCCCGCAGCCUCGGCGCCAAGGUCUACGAGAUCGCCGAGGAGAUCGACCUGGUCGGCAUCGUGCUGCUCGGCGCUAUGCUGACGCUGAUCCUGCUUCCCCUGACCCUCGCCGGUGGCAUCACUCAGAGCUGGAGCUCAGCCCACAUCAUUGCCAUGCUGGUGAUCGGCGUCGUUGUCUGCGUCCCUGCCUUCGCCAUAUGGGAGAUCAAGUUCGCCAAGUACCCCUGCGUCCCCUUCAGCGUCCUGACCGACCGGACCAUCCUCGCCGGUCUCACCAUCGCCAUCGGCCUCAACAUGUCCUGGUACCUGCAGGGUGACUUUCUGUUCACGGUGCUCAGCGUCAGCUUCAACCAGACCAUUAGGUCGGCGACGCGUAUCGCCUCCCUGUACUCGUUCUGUUCGGUGCUGGCGGGCGUGGUCACGGGCUUUGCCGUCCGGGUCGUGAAGCGCGUCAAGCCGUUCGCCGUAGCCGGCACCCUCGUCUUCAUCCUGGCCAUGGGCCUGCUAAUAAAAUACCGGGAUGGCGAGGCCGGCGUGGCCGGCAUGAUCGGCAGCCAAGUCGUGCUUGGCAUCGGCGGCGGCCUGUUCUCAUACCCGGUGCAGGCGCUAGUCCAGGCGGCGACGAGUCACGAGAACAUGGCCACGGUGACCGCCAUGUACCUCUCCUUCUACCAGAUCGGCUCCGCUCUGGGCAACGCCAUCAGCACCGCAAUCUGGACCCAGGUCCUGCCCAGGACCCUCCAGCAGGAGCUGGGCAGCGCUGACAUGGCCUCCGACGCCUUUUCUACCCCGCUCACCUUCAUAGAGGACUACGCCGUGGGCACGCCCGAGCGUACCGCGAUAAUCGCCGCUUACAGCCAGGUCCAGCGAUAUCUCGCCAUCACCGGCCUCUGCUUGUCAGUUAUCACCUUCGCCGCCUCUCUACUCCUGCGGAACUUCAAGGUAGACGGACGGCAGAGUCUCACCGAGGAGGAGAGGAAGGGGAGAGUGACUGCGGCGCACUAGUUCAGCUUGGCUACUACCAGAGCAGUUAACGGCGUGUGGCGGGACAUGCCGCGAUUAUCGUUAAUAGUCCUAACAUAAUGGAACGUUCUAGCCUUCUCGUUGUUAGAGGCUGAGCUGAAAUAUGUAUACGACCUCGUAUGUUGCAGUGAACAGAGCCCCCAGCCGAUAAUAUAUAUAGAUGUAUAACUACCAGGACCCCUAAAAUCAACAAUCUCUCUAUCACCAAUGCAAGCUCC